AUGCUUAACGUCACCAAAACAUACAAGAAAUCUAACAGCAAAGUUGUAGAUAAGUUGAAUGCCCAAUCUGCAAGAAUAGCUGAGCACCUCAAAUUAGAAAAUCGUAUUGAAAAGCUAGCCGAAAAAGAAGCAUUUAUCACCUUAAAAGACCACAAGCCUGCAUUUCACGACCACCCGACCUGUCGCUUAAUCAACCCAUCCAAAUCCGAAAUCGGCGUGAUAAGCAAACACAUCCUCGAUGAAAUCAACACCUCCGUCAUCAGUAAAACAAAAAUCAAUCAAUGGAAAAACACAACCAGCGUUCUGAAAUGGUUCAACAGCUUACAGCACAAAGAAUCGCUGUCCUUCAUCUGCUUCGACGUGUGUGAUUUUUACCCGUCGAUAACAGAGAAGCUGCUCUGCAAAGCGCUGGAUUUCGCUAACAGCUACCGCCCCAUCAGCCAACAUGAGCGUGACAUUAUCAUACACGCUAAAAGAUCACUGUUGUUCAGCAAACAUGUCCCCUGGGAGAAGAAAAACUCCAACGACAGAUUUGAUGUCACCAUGGGGUCGUUCGAUGGGGCCGAAACAUGCGAACUAGUUGGUUGCUACACCCUGUCACGCCUUACAGAAAAGUUCGGAAGGAACAUCGGUCUCUAUCGUGACGACGGGCUGUCGGCAUUCAACAAAACACCACGUGAGAUCGAAAGAGUUAAGAAAGAUAUCUGCCAGAUCUUCCGCGACAAUGAUCUUAAAAUCACCGUGGAAGCCAACCUCACCAAAGUAAAUUUUUUAGAUGUCACACUCGACCUAAAAAGCGAAAAGCACUCCCCAUACAUGAAAGAAGGAAAUACACCCAUCUACGUACACAAGCAAUCGAAUCACCCACCUUCCAUCAUAAAGAACAUUCCCGAAUCCAUCAAUAAGCGCCUAAGUGAAAUCUCAUCUGACAAGGAAUGCUUUGACAAAGCCAAAGAUGCGUACCAAGAUGCUCUUAAUAAAUGUGGCCACAAUUAUAAUCUUUCAUACAAAGUGCCAAUCCCUAAAACAUCACGACAAAACCAACGGCAUAGAAACAUUACUUGGUUCAACCCACCUUACAGCCAAAAUGUUGAAACGAAAAUCGGAAAAUGCUUCCUCAAAUUAGUUGAUCUGCAUUUCCCCAAAUCAAACCCACUGCAUAAGAUAUUUAACCGGAACAGCCUUAAGUUGAGCUACAGCUGCAUGAGCAACGUGAAAACUAUUAUCUCCAGCCACAACAAAGCCCAGAUCAGCAAACCAGUACCCCAAUCAGAAGAAGUCGCUGGCUGCAAUUGCCGUAAAAAAGAUUCUUGCCCGCUUGAGGGAAAUUGCAAAAUCCAGAACAUUGUAUACCAAGCAGAGGUCACGACUCCACAGUCAAAAGAAACGUACGUCGGCCUAUGUGACACGACGUUUAAGGAACGAUUCAAUAACCAUAAAUGCUCUUUCAGGAACGAAAGAUACAAGAAUAGCACAGAGCUUAGCAAAUACGUAUGGAACCUAAAACAACGCAAAAUUGAUUACCAAAUUAAGUGGAGAAAAGUAAAGCAAGCUAGGUCUUACUCUAAUGUCAACAAGAAAUGUAAUCUCUGCCUGUGGGAGAAAUACUUUAUUAUUUGCAAACCGGAAAUGUCGACACUCAAUCGUAGAAAUGAGCUGUCAUCGAUCUGUAGACAUUCUAAGAAAUUUCUUUUAAAUACCGCGAUAACCUAA